UUGCAGACAGCUCGAUCGCACACUAAAGCACGCUAGCUGCUAUAUAAGCACACCUCCUCCAUCUCGCUGAAUCAUCACACGCAGAAUUCGCAUCGCAUUUUCCAUCGAGGAAUAUAAUCCGCCAGUGCUAGAUCGUCUCUUACAGCAAGCUAGCUUGUUCGCAAGUAUAAUGGCGACCGUUCUUGUUUACCUCACCGUGAUGGCGGCGGUUGUGGCCUCGGCGGCGUUCGGGGCGGCGGAGCUCACCGCGGAUUACUACAGCGAGACGUGCCCGCACGCGCUGAGCACCAUCAAGCUCCUCGUCGGCGCGGCCAUCCUCAGGGAGCCCAGGAUGGGGGCGUCGCUCGUCCGCCUCCACUUCCACGACUGCUUCGUCAAUGGCUGCGACGGCUCCAUCCUGCUGGACGACACCGAUGACAUGAUCGGCGAGAAGACGGCCAAGCCCAACAACAACUCGAUCAGAGGGUACGACGUCAUCGACACCAUCAAGUCGGCGGUGAACACGGUCUGCUUGGGGAACGUCGUCUCCUGCGCUGACAUCGUGGCUGUAGCUGCUCGAGACUCCAUUGUCGCGCUGGGAGGAACAUCCUACGACGUGCUCCUGGGGCGGCGCGACGCGACGACGGCGAGCAUCGACGACGCGAACAACGACAUCCCGAACCCGUUCAUGGACCUGCCGGCACUAGUCUCCAACUUCGAGUCCCACGGCCUCUCCCUGCACGACCUCGUCGUGCUCUCCGGCGGCCACACGCUGGGCUACUCCCGCUGCCUCUUCUUCCGGAGCCGCCUCUACAACGAGACCGACACGCUGGACCCGGCCUACGCGGCGUCGCUGGACGAGCGGUGCCCGCCCUCCGGCGACGACGAGGCGCUGACGUCGCUGGACGACACCCCCACCACCGUCGACACCGAUUACUACCAGGGCCUCAUGCAGGGCCGCGCGCUGCUCCACUCGGACCAGCAGCUGUACCAGGGCGGCGGCGGCGACGCCGACGCCCUCGUCAAGUACUACGGCGAGAAGCCCAGCAAGUUCUGGGAGGACUUCGCCGCGGCCAUGGUGAAGAUGGGCAACCUCAGCCCGCUCACCGGCGACGAAGGCGAGAUCAGGGAGAACUGCCGGGUCGUCAACCAGGAGUGAGCGCUGCUGAUUGAUGGCGGCGUGGUGGAACGAGACUACGGCAGCUUCCGUGUCAACUCAAGCGUCGUGAGAUGUUGCUGCAUGCCUGAUGCAGGCGGCUGCAACUGCACCGGCUAGCAGCAAGAUUCUAUUCUGUAGUGUGUGUUUGUACUGUACUGGCGUGCCGACUUAAUUUGUGAUAAUUUUUUUCAUGUAUGUAAAAUGUUUUGGCCAAAAUGUUUGAAGAUGCAGUUAUACGUGUUUGCUCCUGAA